GCGACGCACGGCGACGGCGCCGACGACGCGGUCGAAGCCGCCGCGCGGGACGACGGCAGCCACGCCGCCGACGGCGGCUGGGCGUCGACGGGGCUGGCCGUGGGGCUCAGCGACCUGACGGCGCUGUUCCGCGCCACCUGCGGGGAGGACGAGGAGCCCGACGACGAGUGCGGCGCGCAGGUCGCGGAGGCGAAGGAGCGGCUGAACGCGGCCGACGAGAAGCUGAGCGCGGCCACCGCCGCCCGGAGCGCUGCAGAGGAGCGGCGCGACGCGGUGGCGAAG